AAGGUCAUCACUAUGGUGACCUUCGCUGACACGACAGAGGUCUCCCCCGUGGGGCUGUGUGAGCCGCCCUGCCUGACCGCGACCCUGUCUCCUGGGUUGCGGCGGAAAAAGAUGCUGUGGCAGAAUGCUGUAAAACACAUCAUCAUCCAACAGGAACUCAGCGCCCAGGUUGGUGUGGAACCAGCACGCAAAAUCUUUGUAACAGACACCUACAUGGAGGAGAUCAACAGACAAAUCCGCAACAAGGCUUCACGUGGGCUCACAAAACGCCGCUCCUCCACAUUCAGAGUCCACCCUUCCCAGGCCCGCGGCUCCACCAGCACACACAGUAGUGUUGGAGGUUCCUAUAACGACUAUGCCAGUGAUGCUGACUUCUUUGUGCACUGGGGUCACUCUAUUCGUGGUGUCUACAUACCCACCCUGAGGCACAUCUUCAAGUCCCGUGACCUGGAAAAACUUUACCAGCAACACUCUUCUCACCAAAGACGCAACUCUCUGGCUAUCACAAAUGUGAUCGAUGUUGUGGCCAAGCUGCACGUGUUGGUUCUUUACCUAGUGUUGGCCCCAGAGGCAGUCACGGACACUCUGCGUGGCUGCCUGACAUGCAUUUUCAUGAUGUUAGCUGUAGCACUGUGCGUCGUGGUGUUAACCUGCAAAGACUCCAUGUCCCCACAGUGGCUCCACUAUGCUGGCCUAGCUAGCUGGCUUUCACAGACCACACAGGUGCUGGGAGGACUGGUUUAUGGACUAGAAAAAGACCCAUCGUGGUACGUUUUGUUCACGUUGUUCGCCACAUACACACUGCUGCCAUUACCUCUGCUGUGGGCCAUGUGCGCUGGCUCCUUUACCUCAAUGCUGCACCUUCUGGUGGAGAUAGUGCACUACUACAAUGAUGCGGUGCUUUUGAGAAAGGUGUUUGCCAAAGGCCUUCUGUACCUGGGUAUGAACACAGCUGGCUUGUUCAUCCAUUACCUGACAGACCACACCCAGAGACAGGUUUUCCUGGAGACACGGCGCUGUAUCGAGGGUCGCCUCAAACUAGAGCAAGAGAACCAGAGACAGGAGCGUCUGGUGCUGUCAAUCCUGCCUCGCUUUGUUGCCUUGGAGAUGAUAGCUGACAUGAGCUCUUUGGAGGAUGAACUCAAUCCUCAGGAGUUUCACAAGAUCUACAUCCACCAAUACAAAGACGUCAGCAUCCUUUUUGCAGACAUCAAGGGCUUCACCCUGUUGUCCAUGAACCUGUCGGCCCAGGAUCUCGUUCGAACCCUCAAUGAGCUCUUUGGACGUUUUGACCGAUUGGCAGAGGAGCACCACUGCCUGCGAAUAAAGAUACUGGGGGACUGUUAUUACUGUGUGUCAGGGGUCCCUGAGCCACAGCGUGCCCAUGCCCGUUACUGCGUUGAGAUGGGCCUGGCUAUGAUCAACACAAUACGGUGUGUACGGAAGCAGUUGAACUUUGACAUGGACAUGAGGAUCGGGAUCCACACAGGCUCUGUCCUAUGUGGGGUGCUCGGGCUGCAGAAAUGGCAGUUUGACGUCUGGUCCUGGGACGUGGGCAUUGCCAACAUGCUGGAAGCAGGGGGAAUACCAGGACGCAUCCACAUCUCAAGGGCGACUCUGGACUGUCUAGAGGGCACCUACAAGACAGAGGAUGGUCAUGGCCGUGACAGGAACGAGUUUCUGAGGAAACACAAUAUAGACACUUUCCUCAUCUGCCCUGAGGAGGAAAGGAACAUAGCUGACCAGGCUCAGCCCCCCAAAGUCCAGAAAACAAAUCGAACCUGGAUCCCAGAGAUGCCUUUUGGGAGCAUCAUUGACAUGAACAGUAUCCUGGCCUCCUUUACAAAUGGUUCGCUGCCCAACAUAUGGCAGUCCACCUCCAAGGAAAUCAACAAACGCAUCAAACACGCUAUAGAAGUCCGAAGCAGUGAGCGUAUGCACAAGGAGCACAUUACUCCACUGACCCUGGUGUUCAAGGACACACACAUUGAGGACAAGUUUUCCCAGAUGAGAGACGAAAUGUUCAACUCCAACUUGGUCUGCUCCUUCAUCAUGCUUCUCUUUCUCUUGGCUGCUCAGACCCUCAUCCCUGCUCCCAGGUUGUUCCCAGCCGUCCUCCAGUUUUCAGUCUUUCUGCUUGUCUACAUGCUGCUGCUGGUGCUGGCUCUGGCUGAAGAGUUUAAAUGGGCUCCUACAGCACUGCAACACUUGUGCUGCUGGAUCCAUGAAAACAACAGUGCCCGCAACCUUCUCACUCUCACUGCCAUCAUCAUCAACUUUGGCUUGGCCUCUGCUGACAUGGUAUGGUGCAUUCUCUCAAACACAGCAGAGGCUGAUGUAAUGGACAGAACUAACUCACGUCCUCUCACUGUCUGCAGUUACCCUGAGGUCUUUGUGUUGAGUGGUGUGAUCGCCAUGGUGACUUGUGCCGUGUUUCUGCGUCUCAACUCUCUGCUAAAGCUGGCGGUUUUGCUGCUGGCGGUGGCUGUAUACUCCUACCUCAUCCACCUGGCCUUCCUCACACUCACGCGCCAUGAUAUGCUGCACAGGUCUCACUAUAUCAGGAGAAAAGGAAUCUCCAUCCUUCUCAUGGUGAUGUUUAUCGUUGCUGUCUUCUACAAUGGACGGCAGUGGGAGGCCACUGCCAGAUUGGACUUCCUGUGGCGUUUGCAGGCCCAACAGGAAGUGGAGGAUAUGAGAGAGUUGCAGGAACACAACGAGUGUUUGUUACACAACAUUCUGCCUGUGCACGUAGCACGACAUUUCCUGGACCGGAGCAAGAACGAUGAGGAGCUUUACGCCCAGUCCUAUGAUGAAGUGGGUGUUAUGUUUGCCUCCAUUGAUGGGUUCAAUGAGUACUUUGAGGAGAAAGAGAUCAAACAUGAAGGAGUGGACUGCCUCCGACUGCUGAAUGAGAUCAUUGCUGGCUUUGAUGAGUUGUUGGAGGAGUCUUACUUCCACUACGUGGAGAAGAUUAAGACCAUUGGGAGCUGCUACAUGGCAGCCUCAGGUUUAGCUCCAGACAAACAGGCGUCCAUGGAUGAAUGGAAUCACCUGAGCGAGCUGGUUUUGUUUGCACUGGCUAUGCAAGAGACCUUGAAAGAGAUUAACAGGAACUCUGCCAAAAACUUUCAGCUGCGUGUGGGCAUUGCCCACGGUCCAGUGGUCGCAGGUGUGAUUGGUGCCACAAAGCCGCAGUAUGAUAUCUGGGGGUCAACAGUGAACCUGGCCAGCCGCAUGGACAGCACAGGUGUUAGCGGACGCAUCCAGGUACCCGAGGCCACGCGCAGGAUCCUGGCAGAAUGGGGCUUUAUCCUGGAGCUACGUGGAGAAAUAUUUGUCAAGGGGGUGAGCGAGUGCCAGGGGAAAGUCCGCACCUAUUUCAUCAGCACCAUGCGCAGCAAGAGAGCGAACACAGGAACAGAUGGCCACGUCAGGGGGCGGACAGCGGGACGCAUGACGCUGGCAGGAGUGGUGUUUGGUCUCGUCCAGGCAAGACACAAGGAGAAGAUGAGAGAGACCAAUGGGGGGUUCGGUCUUAGUCCCCGCACCCUGCAGUGCUGA